AUGGCUGAUUCUAUUGUUUCCAAGGUCGUGUCUCAGAUUGCCAACCCUCUCCUACAAGAAGCUGCUUCCUUGUUUGGUGUGCAUGAUCAGAUUGAAUGGGUGAAAACAGAACUCUGGAGAUGGCAACGCUUCCUUAAAGGUGCAGAUUCCAGAAAGAAGGGAGAUGCCAGAACAGACAGCUGGAUAAAUGAGAUGGUAGAUGUAGCCUAUGAAAUGGAAGACGUCGUAGACACCAUCAACUACUUGCGCGAGAGGCGACGCCAAAGGAGAGGCUGCAUGGGCUUCAUUUUAAGGUACUUUUACAAACUUUGUGAAUUGAUCACCCUCCGUAAAAUUAGUUCUGAAAUUAAAAAAAUAAAGGAGAAGAUCAAGAAUACUUCCGAGAGACAAGCUAGAUAUGACAUUGCUGAUCUAGGUGAAAGUAGUGCAACAGAUGAAAGUUUGCCAUUGCUCGGACGAUCCUCUCGUCACUCUACUGAUGAUGACAUUGAUUUUAUAGGCUUCAGGAAUGAUAUCAAACAAUUAGUGACUCAAUUGCUUGAUCAGAAUGUGAAAACACGAUGUGUGAUUUCUAUAGUGGGUAUGGGUGGGCUAGGCAAGACCACCCUGGCAAGAAAAGUGUAUAAUGACCCUGCAAUUAGGCAACAUUUUGACACCUUUGGCUGGGUUUCAGUUUCUCAGAGCUACCGAGUUAUUGAGCUGGUGAAGGAGAUCAUGAAAAAGGUGAUGGGAAUCAAAAAGAAGAAAGAAACAACCACAGGAAUUACCGUCGAAGACUUAGAGCAGAAGAAAGAAACAACCACAGGAAUUACCGUCGAAGACUUAGAGCAGAUGGGUGAAGAAGAAGUAAGAGAGAUGCUCCAUGAUUUCCUAAGACGCAAAAAGUAUUUGGUCAUGAUGGAUGAUGUGUGGACGGUUGAUGUUUCGAGAGAAAUGUGGCGAUUCUUUCUUGAUGAAAACAACGGUAGCAGAAUACUGCUCACUACCCGUGAGAUGGAAGUUGCAAACCGUGCCAGGUCAUGCUUUCCUCCAUAUAAACUACGCAUUCUGAAUGAGACAGAGAGUCUGGAACUCUUGUGUAGGAAGGCAUUCCUACCAAAAGAAGUUAUCCCCGCUGAUUUGAAGGAAUUGGCCCAAACGCUUGCAAAGAGGUGUGGUGGACUUCCUCUUGCACUGGUGGCGUUAGGGGGGCUUCUGUCAGGAAAAGAUCCUAACUAUGAUGCGUGGUGGAGUGUAGCUCAGAGCAUGAAUUGGGAAGAUAAUGGUGAUAGGCAGGAGUGCCUCAAUAUAUUGGGUAUAAGUUACAAGGACUUGAAAUAUACCUUAAAACCAUGUUUCCUGUACAUCGCCUCAUUUCCAGAGGAUUCCAUUAUCUCUGCUUCCAAAUUACUUAGGUUGUGGAUCGCCGAAGGUUUCAUACAAGAAAGACCCAAGCAGCCACUAGAGAGAACUGCAAGGGAUUUGGAUGAGUUGGUCCAGAGGUGCAUGAUCCAGGUUGUCGACAGAAGCGUGGCCCAUGGAUGGGUUAAGAGCAUACGCAUCCAUGAUUUGUUACGUGACUUUGGCCUAUCGGAAGCCAGAAAGGACGGAUUCCUUCAUGUUUGCAGUGGUGACAUGGCAGGAUCGAAUGAUGAUAAGAGUUAUCGUGCAGCUUUCCACGAUCGUAUAAAUGAGGAGGUUGCUGUUUCCUCACCACGUCUCCGCACUUUGCUGGGCUUCAAUUUAGUUUUGAAAGAUGGUGGUGCUGCAGGAAGAUUUUUAAAUGGGUUAAACUUAGUUAGGGUGUUGGAUUUGGAGGGCGCGAGAGAUUUGAAAAAGUUACCGAAACAGAUCGGUAAUAUGAUUCAUCUACGAUACCUGGGAUUGAGAAUGACUGGUUUGAAGAGACUGCCAUCCUCCAUAGGACAUCUCCUCAAUCUGCAGACUCUGGAUGCGAGAGGAACAAACAUUUCAUGGCUUCCGAAAUCAUUUUGGAAAAUCCGGACGCUGAGGCACGUGUGUAUUGAUAUACUUGCAUUUCUGAGUGCACCGAUAAGUGGUGAUCACAAGAAGUUGCGGACUCUUAAAAUUACGAGUUCGCGUUUACAACACGUGAUUGUUCUCAGCCCUGGUGGAGAGAGAUGCUUCGACUAUUAUGUUACUACAUUAUGCGAUACUGAGGAGACGCAAUGCCAAGGACCGUUGGCACUCGAACAGCAGCAGCUCCCGGACAGCAGUCUAUUCCCGCCAAAACUCACCAAGCUCAUAUUACGUCUUUCUAUGUUGGAGCAAGACCCAAUGCCGGUGCUGGAGAAGCUGCCAAACCUCAGGGUUGUUAUACUAGUUAUCAAUGCAUAUGUUGGGAAGAGCAUGUCGUGUUCUGCUGGUGGCUUUCCUCGACUGCAACACUUGAUAUUAUCAGUACUUGAUUAUUUAGAGGAAUGGAGAGUGGACGUUGGGGCGAUGCCCAGCCUCACCCACUUAACCAUCGAGGGUUGCAACAAAUUAGAGGAAUGGAGAGUGGAGGAUGGAGCGAUGCCCAGCCUCACCCACUUAGAUAUCUGGAAUUGCACAAAGUGGAACAUGCUUCCCAAGGGAUUGCAGCACGUGACCACCCUUCGGGAACUGAAGCUGAUUGGGAUGCCCCAAGAGUUCAAUGACAGGGUCAGAAAUGAGGAUGCGUGCAAGGUCCGACACAUCCCCUCCAUUAUUUUUGAACAUGAGCUGGAAGAUGAGAUAGAAUAUCAGCAGUAG